AUGGAAGGCAACACUUUUGUGAGGCUAGCUUCCAACAAGUUUCUCACAAUUGUUAUCUUCAUCCUUAUAGCUAUAUCUAGCAUCACUUCAGCAUCCCAAAAUUCUACCAUCCCUACCAAUUCCACUCAAACCAACAUUGAAAAAAACAAUGCCAUUCCCUCCAAUUCCAUAAGAACCAAAUAUUAUGAGAACACCAAUAUCAUUCCUUCCAAUCCCUCCCAAACUUUCAGAACCUACGUUACAACCUCAUGCAAGUCAACAACAUAUCCAUCAAUAUGCUACCAAUCUUUAUCCCCUUAUGCUUCUAAAAUUGGAGCAAAUCCUCUGAAGCUCUGUAAUAUCUCUCUCACACUGGCCUUAAAGGGUGCUCAUAGUGCAUCCUCCACCAUAUCAAAGCUUUUGAAGAGCAAUAAUUUGACACACUAUGCAGAACAAGUUGUAAAAGAUUGCUUUGGCAAUGUGAAGGACUCUAUAGGACAACUUCAGGACUCUCUUCAUGAAAUGGGACAUUUGAAUAAUGUUAUUGAUAAAGAGUUUCAGAUUAGCAACAUGAAGACAUGGGUGAGUGCUUCUAUCACCAAUGAUGAAACUUGCUCAGAUGGGUUUGAUGAGAUGAAUGUGGAUGCCAAUGUGAGGGACAAAAUCAGAAAGAUUGUUUUGAAUGUGGCAAGGAAGACUAGCAAUGCUUUGUAUUUCAUCAACAAUCUCAGAUACUAA